CCCAUAAAAUACAAAGAAAACAAAAAAGAAAAACACCAUUACCAGUUUACAACCACUGUUGCUUCUCUCGUUUCUUGUCUCUGAUCUCUGUUGUCUCUCACAAUCACCAUGUACUCAUCCAUGAAACCGAAUCGCAGGCCACCACUACCCAAAUCACCAAUCCGUCUCCGAUCUUCCCGUCGCCCCCUUCGUUCCUCAGAUUCCACCUCUCUACUUCAAACCCCACCAGGAUCGUUGACCAAAUCUCAGAAACCGCUUCGAUCCCCUGAUCUCCGACCUGAAUACCGCACAAUUUCAUACGAGCUUCGUGCCCUGGCGAAGAUGGUUCAUAACGAAUUCGGAGAUGCAGGUUCUGGUUCAGAAAACGUGGCUGUUGGUGUGAAGAAGAACCCUGAUUCUCUGUUUGAGAGGGGGAGGUUCUAUGAUGAAUACUCUGCUCGGAGGAACGAGAGGCUGAAGAGGAAGAAGGGUGUGGCCGUGGAGGAAGGUAGCGUUGCUAACAAGGCUACUAAGGCCGCGUUUGGUUUAGGUGUUAAUAUGGAAUCUGGAAAGAAGAGUAGUACUGCGAGGAAAAUUGGGAGUCUGAGGAAAUCUGUUUCUGCUGCUUACUCGAUGGAGGUGAGUGAAACUCCGAGGUACAUGCUCAGAAGCAUGACCAAGGAGAAUAAGAAACCUCCUCUGGCUGGGAAGUUUGAGAAAUCUGUUGUUGGUGGGGAGAAGAAGAUUGGAGCAAGAAGAGUGGGACGAAUUUGAAAUUAGUUGGUAGGGCUUUGUUUACAUUUACUUGAUUGAGAGAACUUGAUUUAAUUUGAUGUUUGUGUUGAAUCUUGUUCUCUGUUUUCUUGGUCUGUUAAUUUUUACUCAAACCUGUGGAAUGAACCUGAAGGAAGGUUUAUGAAUUGAUAUAGAUAAAUCUUUGUUCUUAGUUGAUA